AUGGUACAAAUUGUGGAAUACCAAAACUGGCAGUUUUUGCAACCCGACAAAUUGCCAAAGAGGGUAGAUAUGCUCGUAUUUGCGCUGCUUAUCUACUUCGUCUGCACAACAGCAUGGCACUCCAUGAUGCCACCAGUGUCUCCAGUCAUUCUUCCACCUGAUCACCCAAUCAAAUUUUCCGCAGUUGAAGAUGGACGAGGUUCGCAAAGGCACUCAUCCAAGCGUGGAAUGCCGUCUUUACAAGUAAUGCCACCAAGGAAUAUAACAUUUGAAGUUCCACCAGAAAAAAUCAGACAAGAGGAAGAGGCAUUAGGGGAACUGCAAGAAGAAAUGUUAUUAAAAGAGAUAGCAUUCGAACAAGGCCCACUAGAAGAAGAACCACCAGAGGAAGGAUCACCAGGAGAACCACCAGGGAAAGGACCAUCAGAAGAAAAGCUACAGGAAGAAGAAUCACCAGAAGAAGGGCCACCACAAGAAGAAGAACCACCAGAGGGAGGAUCACCAGGAGAGCCACCAGGGAAAGGACCAUCAGAAGAAAAGCUACAGGAAGACAAAUCACCAGAAGAAGGGCCACCACAAGAAGAAGAACCACCAGAGGGAGGAUCACCAGGAGAACCACCAGAGGGAGGGUCACCAGGAGAACCAAUGCCACAGGAAGAAGAACCACCACAAGAUAAAAAGCCAGCGGAAGGAGAACUCGAAGGACGAGAGGCAACAGAACAAGAACCACCAGGGAUAGGAGUACCAGAAAAAUCCGCAUUAACUAUUGAAGUUAUACUCAGAUUAAGGCUACCAAUAGCCGAGCUAAGAGGGUUUCUCGGAGGAAAGCCAUCAGGGAAUAAUUCCAUCAAGGAAGCAAACGGGAAUGGCGCCAAAGAGAGGUUCACCAAUGAAAAAAUCGGGCAAAGCACAGACACGACUAUCAAAAAAAAGGCCGCGGAAACCAUCAACAUCAGCUCCAUUUGGGAGAAGAACACAAAAUGA